UUCAAUAUGUCUGCGCCCUUCAGCAAGGUGGUAAAGGAGCAUUAUUUCUUCUAACAAACCUCGACAAUCACUUGAUACACAGUCUUUAGACAAUUCAUGAUUUUCGUUAUAGACGUAUCGAUGUUUCCGCUAACAGGAAAAAUCUAAUGGAGGCAUUCGACCGUUUGUUUGACUUAAAGAUUACAUAGUCUAUUAGGUAGCUAGACAAUGUUAGUGAACUGUUUACUUCUCAGAUGUCCGUAUAAUGUAAUGUAGGUUUAAAUCCAGCCUUUAAUCACAGCAAGCCAAUUUAUUUCACAGUUUUUUUAAUUCUAAAUUUUCAGAUUGGGUUGUGGUAGUUGGUUCACAUUUAUUGUGGUUGUUGGCGAUGUGAAUCAAUCACAAAACUGUAAAUUUCAUUAAAAUAAAGCAGCGCUUGGUGGACUAUGCCGAAUUAAUAUCUUCCGGAUUUAACAACAGAAUAUAAAUUGUUAUUGAAGUAAGACUGGCAUAUACUUUUCUGAGAAAUAAAAACAUUUAAAACUAUCACAUUCUUGAAUGGUUUUAUGUUCCUUCCGCAAAGGAGAACAGCAUGUGCCGAAGCCAAGUUAUAUGAGGAAUAUGUUUGUACCGCUUUACAGUCAAUCUUCCCACCAAAUCUGCUUAUACAAUGGCUUACAGAAGAGCUGUAACCCUCUUUCCAACAGGAAAGUGUGUCUUUCAUAAGUUGAUACCUCCUUUUCAGAAAUCACCAAAUGUCCUUCAACCAAACUGUUAGAUUUCAAAAUCACUGUGGCAGAACUACAAGAACUUUUCACACUGGCACACCGUCGCUGGUGGCCAAGUUAUUGUCAUUGGAUGAGCUUUUUGCCAGGAGGUCUCUGCAGGAGUACCUGAAGAAGAUGGAGACAGAGUACAGUGAAUGUUUGAGAGCAGUCAACACCAGUGCGACGGAGGAGCAAUGUAGUCAGGAUGAGAUGAGGACCAAGAGGAGUAAAGUGUCCCAGCUGGCCCCUCUCAUCCAGAGCAUCAGGGAGCUGGACACCAAACACAAAGAGAUCACUGAGACUGAGAUGCUCCUGAAAGAUGAAGACCCAGCCCUGCGAGAACUUGCUGAGCUGGAAAGAGAAGGCUGUGUGCAAGACAUUCAGCAUCUUAGGCAAAAGAUCCUGGAGCUGUUGAUCCCUGAAGAGGAGGCUGAUCUGAGCGACCUCAUCCUGGAAGUCACAGCCGGUGUUGGGGGUCAGGAGGCAAUGCUGUUCACUGCUGAGGUGUUUGACAUGUACCAGGGCUUCGCUCAGCAUCAUGGUUGGUCCUUUGACAUCCUGGAGCACAUGAUCAGCGACAUAGGUGGACUACGUCACGCCUCAGUCAGUAUCAGUGGCCCUCAGAGCUACAAGAAGAUGAAGUUUGAAGCUGGAGUCCAUCGAGUGCAGAGGAUCCCCAAGACUGAGAAACAGAGCCGAAUGCACACCAGUACCAUGACUGUAGCUGUGCUGCCCCAACCCCCUGAGAUCUCUUUCACGAUAAACCCGAAGGACCUGAGGAUAGACACGAAGAGGGCGAGCGGAGCUGGAGGCCAACAUGUCAACACCACAGACAGCGCGGUCAGAAUAGUCCACCUGCCUACAGGCGUGGUUGCAGAGUGCCAGCAGGAACGGUCCCAGCUGAAGAACAGGGAGAAAGCCAUGAAGACUCUGAGAGCAAAACUGUACAGCAUGAAGCUGGAGGAAGAGACCAGCAAACGCUACAACCAGCGUAAAGUACAGAUUGGCACCAAAGGCAGAUCGGAGAAGAUCCGGACAUACAACUUCGCCCAGGAUCGUAUAACAGACCAUCGGAUUGGAAUCACGGUCCACGACGUCAAGAGCUUUCUGCUGGGAGAGGAUCUGCUGGAUGAGAUGAACUCCUCGCUGCAGGAGUUCUCCAACCAGGAAACGCUCAUGGAACUGCUGGGAGAAUACGACCAGGAGGGUUCAUGAGUUUGUCUGAGGAAGAUGGACUUUGUGGGAAUCUUCUUGCUUCUUGCUUGCUUCUUGAGUAUUUCAGCAGAGGGCUAACACUGGAAUAUAGGUCACUGCUAUUCUGCUUCAGAUUGUGCAGUGUCAACUGUAUGGAAAAGGACCAUGAUGGUGACCAAGUCUUAAUGCUUCUGCCCUCCAGAGUUGGAAAUGUGCUGAUUUUAUUAUUAACCAUAUCUCCACAGAUGGAGAUACAAGAGGCCAUUUUUGUGAACCAAUUGCACAUCCAGGAUUGAAAAUUAAUGUGAGCACAAACAUACAAAUGGCCAAUAAAAUAACUGCAAUAUGGUG